UAUUGAAAAUUUGGGUCUUUGUUAUUGUUUUUUCAAAUCUCAAGGUUUUAAAACGGAUUACAUGAAUUAAUUUGGGUUUAAGUGAUUAUUGAUCUCUUUAAGAGGGUGCUUAAAAUGGACCGUUUGCUUAAAAAAAAUGAGAAAAAGAAAAAGCCCAGACCCCCAAAAAUCCCUCGAUCUCACUUCGCGAAUAGAGCAGUUCAAUUUCAAAGUACUGUCACUCACCGGGCGUAGUAGGGAUUGGGGGGAAAAUUGAAGCCCAGCAAUACGACAAUGGCGUCCUCGUCGAGCAGCGGUUUAACAUUCAAGCUACACCCUCUUGUUAUAGUUAACAUAUCCGACCACUGUACUCGGGUCAAGUCUCAGAUGAACCCUCCCGUUACCUCCGCCGCUAAUACUACUUCUAACAACACCAACGGCGCGGGGGAUGGUGUCGUCACUGCUGUUUCAGCUGCAAUACCGCCACCGAGAGUCUACGGAUGCGUUAUAGGUGUGCAGAGGGGACGCACCGUUGAGAUCUUCAACAGUUUUGAGCUUCUCUAUGAUCCCAUCGCCCACUCUCUAGACCGAGCUUUCCUUGAGAAGAAGCAAGAGCUCUAUAAGAAGGUUUUCCCCCAUUUUUACAUACUGGGGUGGUAUUCGACUGGUAGUGAUGCUGAGGAAUCCGAUAUGCAUAUACACAAGGGUUUGAUGGAUAUUAAUGAAAGCCCUGUUUAUGUUCUACUCAAUCCUUCAAUCAAUCCAGCUCAGAAGGAUCCGCCUGUGAAUAUAUAUGAAAGUGAGCUGCACGUCAUAGAUGGCAUUCCACAGCUUAUCUUCGUCAGUUCGAGUUACACAAUUGAGACAGUGGAAGCUGAAAGAAUAUCAGUUGAUCACGUGGCACAUCUGAAGCCAUCUGAUGGAGGCUCCGCAGCAACUCAAUUGGCUGCUCACCUCACCGGUAUGCAUAGUGCCAUCAAAAUGCUGAAUAACAGAGUUAGGGUGCUUCAUCAUUACCUUGUCGCAAUGCAGAAAGGUGAAUUUGCUUGUGAGAACUCAUUAUUAAGACAAGUAUCAAGCCUUCUGAGAAGAUUGCCAGCCAUUGAAUCAGAAAAAUUUCAAGAUGAUUUCUUGAUGGAAUACAAUGAUACAUUAUUGAUCACUUACCUGGCCAUGUUUACUAAUUGCUCAAGCACAAUGAAUGAGCUAGUUGACAAAUUCAACACUGCCUAUGACAGGCAUAGUCGAAGGGGGGGACGGACUGCUUUCAUGUGAAAGUUAAAUGCGGAUUUCAUAACCUUUGAAGGAUGAGUGAUUCGUCCCCCCAUUACUUCUUUUUUGGCUUGUACAAUUGGCUUCCUUUGGGACCCGUACUCAAGACCUUACAGCUUUCAUUGUAUUUGCCUUUCUUUUUUAAUGUUGCAUAGCACAUAGAAUAUUCUGGGAAUUUAAAUGUUAAUAAAAAUAAUAACUAACAACAUUUAUAGAUCA